UCAAGACAACAAUGGGUCAUUUCUAUUGGUAGUUUGUGGAAAGUGACGACCUUCCCUUUACUGAGAGCCAAUGAAUCGCAGGAGAAGCCGUCGCAUAUCUCACUCACAGAGGAGGGGUGCACCAUCAGAAGGACAAUGGAGACAAAGGGAUAAAGAGCAGUGGCAAGGUGAAGGGAAAGCACAAGUUAGACAGGCGGACGAGGAGGAGCAGAAACCCAGACAGCAUGAAGAGGACACGGUGCCAAAAGGGACCUGCCAAACGAUGUGCCCCGCUCAGGAGUUACGGGAUCGUGAGGCUCAGAACCGACUUCACCAUUUUGAAAUGUUACCAGGCACAGAGAAAGAUCGGCGGCCAAAAGGAGACCCAUCGCGUGCCGUUAAGGAGUAUUCCAGACCAGCAGCUGGGAAGGACUCAACCAAACCGAGUGACCUCAGACCACCUCCUGUGCUGCUGAAAACUGUUAACUACCUUAUUAAUGACAUUGCAGCCGCCCCGAGCCUGUAUCCAUGGACUGAGGUUUAUACCUUUGUCUUUGACCGUCUUCGUGCUGUGAAGCAGGACAUGAUCAUCCAGAGGAUGUCAGGAUUGGACUGCGUGGUCAUUUUAGAGCGAACCGUUCGUUUCCUCAUCUAUGCCUCUUAUCGUCUUUGUGGGGAGCCGCUGCGUCUCUACGACCCACGUAUCAAUGAUAUACACCUGCAGGAAUACCUCAGCUGGUUGCUGGAUUGCUACAUGACCAAAACAGGACCUCAUCCCAACCAAGAAGAGUUCCAGUCGCUCAGUUUGCUGUACAACUUGGGUUCAGCUCGCACUAUGCAGCACACCAUGCAACUCCCAUUGCGACUACGCAGCACUCCAAACAUCAAACUUGCUCUUUUCAUCAACCAAGCUUUCCUUGAGAGAAACCCUGUCCGUUUGCUUCGGUUGGCUCAAAAGCUAAACUUCCUACAGACCUGUGCGCUGCACCGUCACCUGAUGACAUGUCGUCAAGAUCUGCUGCUCGUAUACAGCCACGGAUACAGCAGCCGCAACUGUCGCUUUCCUCUUGACAGACUGGCUAAGCUCUUGUUCUUAGACGCAUCACUUACAGCUCAACUGUGCCGGUCAUGUGGAGUUGAGGUUAACAAGGACAAUCAAGUAGUAUUCUCCAAAGCUGCUUUCACGGAGCCGGGACAAGGAACACUGCACUGUAAACUGUAUCACAGCAUAGCAUCUGAGAAACAGAGAGAUCUCACUGUUAAGAAUAUUGUUCAGAGCUGUGUUGAGACAAAUAAGAAGUAAACAAGCCAUACAAAUACCGCUCGGUAUUCUUAUAAAUUAGGAAAUUGACUGUUUGUUUGUUUUUUAAGAAAUCUGGACUGUCACUGAGCUGAUGGCCACGAGUUACAUUAAGAUGUGAAUUACUUUUAUAUUACUACCAAUAUUUUGUGUUGAUGUUUCCCUUGAGUAUUUUUUUACAAGAACUGUACAGAAAUUCAAAGGUGUAACUGUUUACUCAUUCUUAUAAAUUCAAAUUUUGGAAUCAUUUUAAUAAAUUUGGUUACAGUCGAAAUACAA